AUUUUUGCUUGCUGUGUGAGCUAAGUCAGGUCUCAGGCUAUUUUUAAGUCCAUGGUUAUCGUUUCUGCUGAAACUCAGCCCAGUUCAGUUUGUUCAUCUUACAUGUGAAGCACAAAGUGUUUGAAAGCAGUCCGUUAUUGUCACCUACAGCCGUGAAAUCUUGUUUUCUUUCCGCUCGAGAUGCAACUGAGUGAGGAAAAAAUCAUCUGAGCAGCCUCAGUAACAAGGGAUCCCACUGAUUCAUAAACCACAAUUAAGGCUGAGUAAAUCAUGAAUCAUUUUGACUGGGGACAGCCUUAUCCGAGACAGCAAAGAGAUGUGGACCCAAAACCACUGAGUGAUUUUACACAAAGGACAGAAAGCAAAUGGGAUACUGAUCCUCUUGGGUGGGAACAUGCUCAUGGGCAACAGCAGAGAAACCUGGACCCAAAACAGUGGAGCGGUAUUAAUGAACAGACAAGCAAAGUGUCAAGAACUGGCUGGGAUACGGACGUGUCCUGCGAUUACACCCUUGAAAAAUCACCCACCGGCAUAGGGACUGAUGUAGGACGGGAGCACCACAUUCCUUCCCCCCAUAAUCGGCACAGAAAGGAGUACGCUGCCUUCGACUCAGACAGGAACACAGAUCCAGAUGGACAGCCGAUAGAAAUGAGCGAGGAGGAUGAGGAGCUGGUCCGGAAGAGGAGACAGCUUCAAAUGAUUGAGGAGCAGAUCCUACUUAAGAAAGCUUCCAUUGCCAUGAAAAAAAUCGAGCCAUUCUUAAAGAACAAGAUCCCAUAUCAGACAUUUUCGGUAGAAAAAGAAGAGAGUUUUGCCCCAGACAUGUCUGUGGACAAGAACAAGCCACCUGUGCAGCUAGAAGCAGGAUGUUCUUACAGUAAGCAGUCAGCUGCAUCCAAAGCUGCAACUUUGAAAGACAGAGUAAAUGUUAUUUUACAGCAAAAGCACCGCUAUCUCCCAACGGACCACGUCCCUGUGUGUGAUUUUCCACACAGCCUGUCAACCAAGCUGGCCAGCAAUUUCGCAGAGAGGAUGAACUCAUCCAGCCGGAGCAACAGUGGUCUGCGCAGAGAGGACCAUCCCCUGAAACUCAGAGUAAAGGCACUAAUCAGGCAAAGACGUGGUAAUGCACCUGCAUUGCCAUCAAAUGGGGAGGUCCCUGAUGUUAAACCACCUUCUCAUAGCCAAAGCCCUACUUCAGCAGCCCUGGAGAAGAACAUGGAAAGCGAGGGUUUCCAGCGCUUCCUCAACAUCCUUAACAAAGGAGUGGACAUCAACCUGCUCACAAGGAUUGUCAAUGAUGACAGCGAGGAGCUUCCUGAUGCUGGGAAGCUCCUGAACAUUCAGCCCCCUGUUGCACACAACAAGUCAGAUGUUCCCUACAGGAGCGAGAGCCAGGGAUCCUCCAGAGGAGCUUUGGAACAGGACCAGAGUCGGUCCAAGAGUAGAGAGAGAAAGUCUGAACCACCCAGCCAAAAGGCAUCCAGCACAGAAACACAGUCCCUGCGUGAGGAAGAGUCCAUCCUCAGGAGUGAGAAACAAGACAGCCAUGUUUGCUCCAGCAGCAACUCGACGUCUCCUCCAAGGCUGGAGGACCAGCAACGCCAACAGCUCCAGAAUAUUCUUAAGACUCUGGGCUUGAGCCUAGAGGCGGAGGAGAUAAGCAAAUUGUCCGACCGCACUCAGGAGAGGCUGUAUGGGAAGAGGCAUGACAACAGGCAACAUGGCGACAGGGAGAGAGAGAGGAGGCAGAGGAGUAUCCCCAGGCAUCACGAGAAUUCCUCUUCCUCCUCGUCGAUCUCCGGCAGCCUCAGUCCGUCUCACCGGCGGCGCUCCGUCAGCACAGACUCAGACUCAAGGGACAGCAAAGAACGAAGGCGAACAUCAGAAUGCAGACAAUCAAGAGAGAGCAGUAGAGAUACAGCAAAGCCCCAGGGUCCAGUCAUGGACAUAGACAAGGAGCGCAUCAGCUCCUGGGAAAGUGUUCCUGGUCACCAUCCAUAUCCAACAAACCCAGCGUAUCCCUCUUCACAGCCAGCUGCUGAGGCUGCAUUGCAACAGUACAAUUCAGCGCAGCACUCUCACUACACUGCCCACCACAGCAGCACGUACAAUGCUGCCACAAACUCAGCCUGGUUUUAUACACAUGGUGCAGUGCCCGCCCCCCCUGCUCCCAGUGGGUAUUUUUACCAGCAGAACACAUCAUAUAAUUAUUUUGGCUCUGAGGGUACACCCAACAUAGCUUACCCUUAUUCUCACCCCCGUGACUCUCAUUCACUUGAAGACACUCAUUUAAUGUUGAACCCAGACCUGUCAGCAAGUGAGGGCCAAAGCGGACAGCAGCUGGGUCGUCACUGCCUGAAGGUCGUACCCUUAAAGCAGAGGCGAAAUCAGGGCAGUCUGAUGCCACUCACCACUUUCCAAAAGUGUCGUUCAAAAAAGAAAAAGAAGAAGAGAAACAAACAUGCCAAACAGGCAGCUGCAACGGCAGUGGCCAUAACAGAAGCGCCCGUAACCACAGCAUCCGCAACGGCAGUGGCUACAUUGGCAGCAUCCAUAACCACCGCGUCCACGGCGGCAGCAUCCACGGCGGCAACAUCCACAAUGGCAGCGGCCUCAAAAGCAGCGGCCUCAAAAGCAGCGGCCUCAAAGGCAGUGGCCUCAAAGGCAGCAGCCACAAAGCAAGUGGCAGAGUCUCAAGUGAAGCCGGGGGUACCAAAACCCGCUGUUUCAGCCACCACAGAAAAACAGCGCUCAGAAGACAAAAAGCAGCUGACAGAGGAGGAAAUAAAAGCAAACUUGAAGAAAAAGCUUGACGCAUUUAAUCAGCUGAUGAAGCAAAAGGGCAUCAUAUCUGCCAAAAACUCCCUAACGUGAAGGACUAGAAAAAAUCUGUGAAGAGCAACGUGUCUUGACUGAUAAUUUGAUCCUGCUGCAGCUCCAAUCCGAUCACUUGGACCCUGCUGACCUCCUUUCACGAUUUAACGUGUCUCAGUGUGUUACAGGACCACCGUUUACUUAUAAAAUAUUUCAAGACUUGUACUGAACAUCACUGUAGUUUGUCAUCCUUAAACAAAUUAUGUAUAUUUUAAGAAUAAUAUGGUGCAAUAUUUAAUUACUGAUUUGUGUUAAAAGGCAUUUAAAAGUUCAAGAUUUAGUUUUUUUUCCUCCAGCUCUGAUAUUUCUGUGAACAUCACCAGUUUGUGACUUUGUAAGUUCUCAUUUCUAUUCUAUUUUUCUCUUGGUAAUAUAUACAUUUGACAGAACUAUUUUCCUAUGGUCUCAGUUGUUUUGAUGAAAAGCAUUUUUUAUUUUUCGCAUAGAGCUUAAGUCUGUGAAAAAGUCGGGGUCAUGCUCACUCCCAUUUUAAGUCUGAAAUGAGAGGCAGAUGAAAAUUAAGCUUGGUCUACAUGAAGCUGAGCUGAGCCAAAGUUGGUGGUCGUCCCUAGGCUCAGAAGGUUUGUGGAAGCAUCUUCGCUUGAAAUUAACUAUAGAAUUAUCUUACGUACAAAUUCAAAGUUUGUAUUGAGACAGAAAAUUCAUGUGAAUGAGAUGGAGUCAUAAAGAUUUUAAUACACA